GUCUUCUUGUGGGAACAUUAGACGUGGUUUUGGAUUCCAGUGCCAGAGUUGCCCCAUACCGUAUUCUGCACCAGACUCAGGACUCUCAAGUGUAUUGGGCAGUGGCGUGUGGAUCAUCUCGUAAAGAGAUCACAAAGCAUUGGGAAUGGCUGGAGAAUAACUUACUGCAGACUCUAUCCAUCUUUGAUAACGAAGAGGAUAUCACCACCUUUGUCAAGGGCAAGAUACAUGGAAUUAUUGCUGAAGAGAACAAGAAUGAGCAGCCCCAGAGCGAAGAGGAUCCAGGUAAAUUCAAAGAGGCUGAACUGAAGAUGCGGAAGCAGUUUGGGAUGCCCGAGGUGGAGAAGUUGGUCAAUUACUAUUCCUGCAGCUAUUGGAAGGGGCGCGUACCCAGGCAGGGGUGGCUGUACCUCACCGUCAAUCACCUCUGUUUCUACUCCUUCCUGCUGGGCAAAGAGGUGACACUGGUGAUCCAGUGGGUGGAUGUAACCCAGCUAGAAAAAAAUGCUACACUGCUGUUCCCUGAGUGCAUUAAAGUAAGCACAAGGGACAGUGAACUUUAUUUUUCCAUGUUUCUCAACAUCAACGAGACAUUCAAGCUGAUGGAGCAGCUGGCUAACAUUGCUAUGCGGCAGCUAUUGGAUAAUGAGAGCUUCCUACAGGACAAGUCCCUCCCAAAGCCCAGGAAGCCUCUUAAGAACAUCUCGGCAUUGAAAAGAGACCUGGAUGCUCGAGCCAAAAAUGAGUGCUACCGUGCCACUUUCCGGUUGCCCAAGGAUGAAUGCCUGGAUGGACAUACAGACUGUACCUUGUGGACACCAUUCAACAAGAUGCAUAUUCCUGGCCAGAUGUUUGUUUCCAACAAUUACAUCUGUUUUGCCAGCAAGGCAGAGGAGGCCUGUCAUCUCAUCAUUCCUCUCAGGGAGGUGACAAUAGUUGAGAAAGCAGAUAGUUCCAGUGUCUUGCCCAGCCCUUUGUCCAUCAGCACUAAAAGCAAAAUGACCUUCUUCUUUGCCAAUCUGAAAGACCGAGAUUUCCUGGUACAGAGAAUCUCUGACUUCUUGCAGAGAACGCCAUCCAAGAAACCAUGCGGCAGCGACAGGGAAUGGAAGUGGAAUUUGGGUGAUCCUGGUUGCGAGGAGGUUCCAGAGUUGCCUUCCAACAGCCCACUUGCAGUCAGCCCCACGUCUGCUCUCAGCAAUCGACCUGUCAACUUCUGUGCGGGGGAAGUGCCAACAGCCUCGCAGGGACUACUGAAACUCUUCAGAAGAAAUUCCGAGGAGCUCUUGGGACCCAAAGGGGCAAAGGAGAAGAUGAAGGAAGAGUCUUGGAACAUCCAUUUCUUUGAAUAUGGGCGAGGGAUGUGUAUGUAUCGCACUGCCAAGACUAGGGAGCUGGUGCAAAAAGGAAUCCCAGAGAAUCUUCGUGGAGAGCUGUGGCUCCUUUUCUCAGGGGCUUGGAAUGAGAUGGUGACUCAUCCUGGUUACUAUGCAGAUCUUGUGGAAAAGUCAAUGGGAAAGUACAAUCUUGCUACAGAGGAAAUUGAGAGAGAUCUCCACCGUUCUAUGCCAGAACAUCCUGCCUUCCAGAAUGAGUUGGGAAUUGCUGCCCUCCGGAGAGUCUUAACAGCUUAUGCAUUCAGAAAUCCAACAAUUGGGUACUGUCAGGCCAUGAACAUUGUUACGUCAGUACUGUUGCUAUACUGCAAUGAGGAAGAGGCUUUCUGGCUCCUAGUGGCUUUAUGUGAGCGGAUGUUGCCAGAUUACUACAACACAAGAGUAGUGGGUGCAUUGGUGGACCAAGGCAUCUUUGAAGAACUUACACGAGAGUAUCUUCCACAGCUGUCAGAAAAGAUGCAGGACUUGGGAGUGAUUUCCACCAUAUCCCUUUCCUGGUUUCUCACUCUUUUUCUCAGUGUCAUGCCCUUUGAGAGUGCCGUGGUCAUUGUUGACUGUUUUUUCUAUGAGGGAAUCAAGUUUAUCUUGCAGGUGUCAUUGGCCAUACUUGAUGCCAACAUGGAUAAGUUGUUACAGUGCUGUGAUGAAGGUGAAGCCAUGACUAUUCUGGGCAGAUAUUUGGACAACGUAGUUAACAGACAGAGCGUCUCUCCCCCUAUUCCCCACUUGCACGCCUUAUUGACGAGUGGAGAUGACCCGCCACUUGAAAUUGACAUCUUUGAACUCAUCAAAACAUCCUAUGAGAAAUUUAGCAAUUUGAAGGCAGAUGACAUUGAACAAAUGCGUUUUAAACAAAGGCUGAAAGUGAUCCAGUCUCUGGAGGAUACAGCCAAGAAGAGUGUGGUCCGAGCUGUGUCUAGUGACAUUGGUUUCUCUAUUGAAGAACUGGAAGAGCUGUAUGUAGUGUUCAAGGCAAAGUAUCUGAUGAGCUGUUACUGGGGAAAUAAUCGUGCUGCAGCUGCCCGCCGAGAUCAGAGUUUGCCCUACCUGGAGCAGUAUCGCAUAGACAUGGAGCAGUUCAAAGAGCUGUUCAUCAGUUUGACCCCCUGGUCCUGUGGCACACAUACGCCUGUGCUAGCGGGGCGUUUGUUCCGGCUUCUGGAUGAGAACAGGGAUUCUCUCAUUAACUUCAAGGAGUUUGUGACAGGGAUGAGUGGGAUGUACCAUGGUGACCUCACUGAAAAACUCAAAGUACUUUACAAACUGCAUCUGCCUCCCGCUCUGAAUCCAGAGGAGACAGAGUCUGCUUUGGAGGCCACAAGUUAUUUCACAGAGGACGUUACAACAGAAGUAUCUCCUUUUGUCUCAGAGCUGGAUUUCUGCCUGCACUGUGAGUCUCAAGAAACCCAAGAAGAUAAAGGAAGGAGAAAUGAGAACGGUCCAGAAAAAGAGGAGAAAGGUACCAGUCCACAGGACUAUAAAUACUACCUAAGAAUGUGGGCCAAGGAAAAAGAGUCCAGGAAAGAAACCAUUAAAGAUCUCCCAAAAAUGAGCCAGGAACAAUUCAUAGAGUUAUGCAAGACCCUUUACAACAUGUUCAGUGAGGACCCAGUGGAGCAAGAGCUGUACCAUGCAAUUGCCACCGUAGCCAGUCUCCUUCUGCGAAUUGGGGAGGUUGGGAAAAAAUUCUCCAACAGGCCCAUAAGGAAGUCUGAGGAUGGCAAAGCAAACAAUACCCAAGAUCCUGUGAGUGAAGAGGAGUCACCAAUAUCUGAACAGAGUCAGAAUUCAGCAGUGGAGCAGCAACCCCUAGCUGACCAUGAGGACAAAACCUGUGGAGAUGCUCUGCCUGAAAAAACACAGCAGGAGAACCAAACUCUAGGAGAUGGGUCAGGGGAAGGACAAGGCUCUCCUUUACAGCUGCUAUCAGAUGAUGAAACCAAAGAUGAUAUGUCGAUGUCUUCCUACUCCAUGGUCAGCACAGGCUCCCUGCAGUGUGAAGACAUUGCAGAUGACACGGUCCUGGUUGGUUGUGAAGGCAGUAGUUCAGCUGCCCGGUAUGGCAGUACCGUUGAUACUGACUGGUCUAUCUCCUUUGAGCAGAUCUUAGCUUCCAUGCUGACGGAAGCAGCCCUUGUAAACUACUUUGAGAAAAAGGUCAACAUUCUGCAAAAGAUCAAAGAUCAGAAGAAGGUAGAGAGGCAGUUCAGUUCAUCCAGUGACUAUGAACUUUCCUCUGUGUCAGGGUGAACUCAAGAAAGCAGGAAUUGUCUUUGGGAGAUAAAACAGGGAGAUAAUGCGGCAGAUGGCAAGAUGGUUUGGUAUUUUGUGUUUGGGGUAUUGUUUUGUUUAAUCAGAGACCAGUAGCUACACAAUUACAAUAGAUUCCAAUCGAUACGGGGCUUCUGACAGUGACUGUUUUGUGUAGGUGCUGCUUUGGCUACUCUGGCUGACAGAAUUAGAUUUACAUUCUCAAGAGCCAUUAGAACCUAAUAGCCCCUGACAUAUGGAAUUACCACCAUAAAUUAUGCAUGUCUGCCUUUUGCUAUCUUUUAUUUUAAUGAAGUUUUAUUUCAGACAGUUACUGCUCCUUGCCUGCCCUUGUUUGCUGUAGGUUCCUGGGUAACUUGCACAGCAGAUGCAGCCUGGCUUGAAACCACGUUCACCUCUGGCUGC